UGCUAGUCUCGGUUAUUUACUUUCUUGGUGGAUUAUUGUCAUUUGUCUUUGAUCUCAAGAUGAUCCUCUUUUUAUUAAUUUUUCGUUUCUCUAUUUGGCAAUUAUCCUUUCAACUAUACUAAUGGUUAGCAAAAUUCGCUAUCCCGAUACUACUCUUGUUAUUACUUCCCAUAAUAUAUUUGGAGUCUCUCUGCUUGAACAGUUAUUGUUUGCUUCUAGUACUAAAUAUUUCUUAUAUCUCUUUGCUUGUUUAUAUUCCUUUUUUUUCUUAACCAUAUAUUUUAAUUCUUAAUCUUUCUUUUCAUAAAUUGUAUUUAAA